AUGUGGAGAGAACAGCGGCAUCACGCAGGGCUGUCUUCGAUUGAUCCUCUUCUUGCUGUGCCAAGGGAAGAGACCCACGAUUGUUGUCGGUGCUGUCACCACUGGAAGGAGGGGGAAAGGACGAGUUGGCCCACCUAUUGUGUGUUGUAGGUGGCACCAAGGGAAAGAGGAGUAGGCCGUCCCCACAGUAAGAGAGGGAAGCACCAAAGGAAGAAGGAGAGGAAUGAGACGGCUGAUCUUGAAUGA